AUGGUCCACGAAGCUGCGCUCUCCGUAUUUACGAUUCCAAUCAAUAUUCGUGAGGAGCUUAGCCCUGUUCUCAAAACCUAUCCUCCUCCAGGCAAGGAGUUUCGCCAUUAUUCCAGGGACAUCAUAUCUAAGGUUGCAGACAGAAGACGGAAGCGUGAGAUGAGGUUUGCGUCAGUUGAUAGACGUCAGACUUUCCAGAUGGACACUUGGACGUAUAUACCAACCUCCACUGAAUAUGCAGAUAUCAUCGUGAACGGCGAGUGCGAGGUGCCUGCAACAGGGAGAUUAGUUGAGACUUGUAAUGAAUCAGAGUGA